AUGUCUGCUAACGGAUUCAAAGAAGUUAGUGAAAACUUGAGUCACAAAGUCCAACAGAACCCAUAUGGACCCAACCCGGCUGAUUUCUUGUCAAACGUGGGAAAUUUUCAACUCAUCGAAAGUACAUUAAGAGAAGGUGAACAAUUUGCCAAUGCAUUCUUUUCUACAGAGACUAAGAUUGAGAUAGCAAAAGCUUUGGAUGAUUUUGGUGUUGAUUAUAUUGAAUUAACAUCACCAGUUGCUUCUGAACAAAGUAGAUUGGAUUGUGAAGCUAUUUGUAAAUUGGGAUUAAAAGCAAAGAUUUUAACUCAUAUUAGAUGUCAUAUGGAUGAUGCUAGAGUUGCCGUGGAGACUGGUGUCGAUGGAGUUGAUGUUGUCAUUGGUACUUCACAAUUUUUAAGACAAUACAGUCACGGUAAAGAUAUGAACUAUAUUGCUCAAAGUGCUAUUGAAGUUAUUGAGUUUGUUAAAUCAAAAGGUAUUGAAAUUAGAUUUUCUAGUGAAGAUAGUUUUAGAUCCGACUUGGUUGAUUUGUUAAACAUUUAUCGUACUGUUGAUAAAAUCGGUGUAAACAGAGUUGGUAUUGCUGAUACUGUUGGUUGUGCUAACCCAAGACAAGUUUACGAAUUGGUACGUACAUUGAAAUCAGUGGUGAAUUGUGAUAUUGAAUGCCACUUCCAUAACGAUACUGGAUGUGCUAUUGCUAAUGCAUACACUGCUUUGGAGGGUGGUGCCAAAUUGAUUGAUGUUUCAGUAUUGGGUAUCGGUGAACGUAAUGGUAUAACACCCUUGGGUGGUUUAAUGGCAAGAAUGAUUGCUGCUGAUCGUGAUUAUGUUUUAUCCAAAUACAAAGUUCACAAGAUUAGAGAUUUGGAGAAUUUAGUUGCUGAAGCUGUUCAAGUCAAUAUUCCAUUUAACAAUCCAAUUACUGGAUUCUGUGCAUUUACCCAUAAAGCAGGUAUUCACGCUAAGGCCAUCUUGGCAAAUCCAUCCACUUAUGAAAUUUUGAGUCCAAGUGAUUUUGGUUUAACCAGGUAUAUUCAUUUUGCCAAUAGAUUAACCGGGUGGAAUGCCAUCAAAUCAAGAGUUGACCAAUUAAAUUUACAUUUAACUGAUGCUCAAUGUAAAGAAGUUACUGAAAAGAUUAAAAAAUUGGGAGAUGUCAGACAAUUAAACAUUGAUGACGUUGACUCCAUAAUCAAGGAUUUCCAUUCGGACUUGUCUACGCCAUUGGUGAAACCAACAAGUAAUGGUUUACCUAAAGUGCCCCAUGUAUUGGAAGGAUUAGAGGAAUCAGACGAAAAGAGGACUAAAACCGAAUAA